GUGACUUUUCUCCGUGGCACACCUCGAUAUGUCCCAAACACCGGAUGUGUCGAAAGUUAACCACGCCGUCCCUAAACCCGAUAAGAUGCGAGCUCCUUUUGGUUUCCGCCCUGCAGCGUUGAGGAUGUCCGACAGUUCCUGAAGGCACCACACGUCGCCUGAUAUCCUUCCGCGGGAGAGAAGCUCGCGGCCUUUUCACCCCCGCGACAACACGCGAUGCAAACGGGCGGCGGCGAGGCUGCUGAAGCUCUCUACACUCCACGCCGCGACCGUUAAGCUUUCCCCCCCGCAGGAGCCGAGCGAAAACACCGGGGAACCUCGGCCCGUUCACCCCCUCUGGGGCGCAUCCGAGCGAAACCCCCGCCGAGUGGGUGGCAGCAGUCGGAAAGAAGCACAAUUGUCGGCGAGCGCCAAGACUCCUGCUAGCUAGCAUUAGCAUCGGCUAGCUAGCCAGGCCAGCGACGAGUGAGCGGCUGCCGGCGGACGGAAUGGAGCUCAUCACCAUCCUCGAGCAGACCAUCUCUCCAGAUCGGAAUGAACUGGAGACGGCACAGAAGUUUCUGGAGCAGGCGGCCAUACAGAACCUGCCGGCCUUCCUGGUGGAGCUGUCCAAAGUCUUGGCCAAUCCCGGGAACACGCAGGUGGCCCGAGUAGCGGCGGGCCUCCAGGUGAAGAACUCUCUGACGUCCAAAGACCCGGAUGUCAAGGCUCGGUAUCAGCAAAGAUGGCUGGCCGUGGACGCCGCUGCCCGUUGCCAGAUCAAAAACUACGUUCUGCAGACCUUAGGCACCGAGACGUACCGGCCCAGCUCGGCGUCACAGUGUGUUGCUGGGAUCGCCUGCGCAGAGAUUCCGGUCAACCAGUGGCCCGAACUCAUCCCGCAGCUAAUGGCCAACGUCACAAACCCAUCCAGCACGGAACACAUGAAGGAGUCCACUCUGGAGGCCAUCGGAUACAUCUGCCAGGACAUUGAUCCCGAGCAGCUGCAGGAAAGCGCCAACCAGAUCCUGACGGCCAUCAUCCAGGGGAUGAGGAAAGAGGAGCCGAGCAACAACGUCAAAUUGGCCGCCACCAACGCUCUCCUCAACUCGUUGGAGUUCACCAAAGCCAACUUCGACAAGGAGACGGAGAGACACUUCAUCAUGCAGGUGGUGUGCGAGGCCACACAAUGUCCUGACACCAGAGUAAGUUCCUGGGGGCCGGGGGCUCGGCGCACGCGUGAAGCUGACGAUGUCAUCCUGUCGCAGGUGCGCGUGGCAGCCCUCCAGAACCUGGUGAAGAUCAUGUCUCUGUACUACCAGUACAUGGAGACCUACAUGGGCCCGGCUCUAUUUGCGAUCACCAUCGAGGCCAUGAAGAGCGAGAUUGACGAGGUGGCCUUGCAAGGAAUCGAGUUCUGGUCCAACGUCUGCGACGAGGAGAUGGACCUGGCCAUCGAGGCCUCCGAGGCGUCUGAGCAGGGCCGCCCCCCCGAGCACACCAGUAAAUUCUACGCCAAGGGUGCGCUGCAGUACCUGGUACCCAUCCUCACCCAGACCCUCAUCAAGCAGGACGAGAACGACGACGACGACGACUGGAACCCGUGCAAGGCGGCCGGCGUGUGUCUGAUGCUGCUGUCCACCUGCUGCGAGGACGACGUGGUCCCGCACAUCCUGCCCUUCAUCAACGACAACAUCAAACACCCAGACUGGCGCUACCGCGACGCCUCGGUCAUGGCCUUCGGAUCAAUCCUGGAAGGACCAGAACCCAACCUGCUAAAGCCGCUCGUCAUCGAGGCCAUGCCUACCCUAAUCGAGCUGAUGAAGGACCCGGGUGUGGUGGUGAGAGACACCACGGCGUGGACGGUGGGCAGGAUCUGUGAGCUGCUGCCGGAAGCGGCCAUCAACGAGGUCUACCUGGCCCCCCUGCUGCAGUGCCUGAUUGAAGGCCUGGGGGCGGAGCCCAGGGUGGCCAAUAACGUGUGCUGGGCCUUCUCGUCUCUGGCCGAGGCCGCCUACGAGGCCACGGAGGCCGCAGAGGACCAGGAGGAACCCGCCACCUACUGCCUGUCGUCGUCCUUCGAACGCAUCGUCCAGAAACUGCUGGAGACCACCGACAGGCCCGACGGUCACCAGAACAACCUGCGCUCUGCUGCCUACGAGGCGCUGAUGGAGAUUGUGAAGAACAGUGCCAAGGACUGUUACCCGGCGGUGCAGAAGACCACGCUGGUCAUCAUGGAGAGACUGCAGCAGGUUUUACAGAUGGAGUCCCACAUCCAGAGCACCUCAGACAGGAUCCAGUUCAACGAUCUCCAGUCUCUCCUGUGUGCCACUCUUCAGAAUGUUCUCCGUAAGGUGCAGCACCAGGACGCCUUGCAGAUCUCUGACGUGGUCAUGGCGUCCUUGCUGAGGAUGUUCCAGAGCACGGCAGCGUCUGGCGGCGUGCAGCAGGAGGCUCUCAUGGCGGUCUCCACCCUGGUGGAAGUUUUGGGAGCAGAAUUCCAGAAGUACAUGGAGGCCUUCAAGCCAUUCCUCACCAUCGGACUCAAGAACUAUGCGGAGUAUCAGGUGUGCCUGGCCACUGUGGGCAUGGUGAGUGACCUGUGCAGAGCGCUGUCCACCAACAUCCUGCCCUACUGCGACGAGAUCAUGCAGCUCCUCCUGGAGAACCUCGGGAACGAGAACGUCCAUCGGUCCGUCAAGCCUCAGAUUCUUUCCGUGUUUGGAGAUAUCGCCUUGGCCAUCGGGGGAGAGUUUAAGAAAUACCUGGAGAUAGUUUUGGACACCCUGCAGCAGGCGUCUCAGGCCCAAGUGGACAAGACGGACUACGACAUGGUGGACUACCUAAACGGACUGCGUGAAGGCUGUCUUGAGGCGUACACCGGCAUCAUUCAGGGCCUGAAAGGCGACCAGGAGAACGUACACCCCGACGUCAUGCUGGUGCAGCCUCGUGUGGAGUUCAUCCUGUCCUUCAUCCAUCACAUCGCCGAGGACGACGACCACUCGGACGUGGUGGUGGCCAACGCCGCUGCGCUCAUCGGGGACCUGUGCACGGCCUUUGGCAAAGACGUCAUGAAGCUGGUGGAGGCUCGGCCGCUUAUCAACGAUCUGCUGACGGAAGGGUGUCGCUCCAAAACCAACAGGACCAAAAUGUUGGCCAAGUGGGCCACCAAGGAGCUGCGUAAGCUGAAGAGCCAGGCCUGAUCCAGCGGCACUCCCGAGCGAGACGUGUGCAUUAGACGUCUGGACGUUGAGGACAAAAUGGACGACGUCGUCUGCCUGGCGACGCCUCAAGCCGAUUGACGUGAGAUGAUAAUGACGAGUGUAUGAGAUGACAUCACCACCUUCAGGCCCCCCCGACCCAAAGCCUGUGGAUAACUGACUCCUCCCCCUAGAAAACACCCAAAGCCCCGCCUCCCGUCCCACCGCGGCCGAACUGGCCGAACAGCUGGCGCGUGGCCCUCCAGGCGGGGGCGGGGCGCUAAUCACGAACACUUUUUGUUGCUCUUACUUUUCUUCUGCUGGAACGUGACGAGGGAUUGACGGAAGACGCCUGGCCACGCCCCUGUCCCUUAAAGGACUCCAGCACUAAAAGCACUUGAGGGGGGCAAGCGCCAAAUGGAAGUUGGGUCAUUCAACAUUUUGAAGAUGUUUGUUAAAGGUUCUAUUUUUCCAUUGUUCUGAAGAAAACACAAUAAAAGAUAUGAAACAUUC